AUGCCACGAAAUCAUAGUCAAACUUGUGCUUUAGUAAAGGAAUUUAAUAAUUAUAAUUUAACUGAUGAAGAGAAUAUGGCGAUAAAAGGACUUUUGGCUUAUUUUAAUUCUUUUAAAACUUUGAAAGAAUAUUUGGGUAACGAUAAAGAUAUUAGUCAGAUUGACCAAACCGGAUUUUAUCAUGCUAAUCGUUCUUUAUCUGAUCAAGAAAAACAAGAAGUGGAAGUGGGGAUAAAGGAACACAGUGCAAAACUUGCAAACAAAAAGAAACCUGAAAAAAAUCCUAACUCUAGCAAUUGUUGCGAAAAAUGCGGUGCUUCUUGUUUAGUCAAAAGCAAAGGGGCAAACACUAUUCAAAGAACAAAAUUUGUUAAGCAUUCCACUGAUUUUACUCAAAAAGAAGGGUUGAAGCAAGAAGUUUUACGCUUGCGAGAAUUAACUAGGGAAAUGGAAGGAAGAUUAAGUGAUCCAAAUCUUUCUCCUCAACAAAGGCAACAAGUUAAUUAUUUGCAAACUAUCCAGCGAAAUACUUUACAAAGAGCUGAACAAAAUUAUCAAAAUAAAUAUGGAAAUUUGGAUGAAAAACCAACUAAUUAUCUCCCUUACAUCCUCGGCGGAGUAGGAAUAUUUGCGAUACAUAAAGAUAAAGAUGAUAUACCCAAAAGUCAAGUUGAUUUACCUAAUGCUAAUCAAUUAGGAAUAAAGAGAGAAAACAAUAAUCAAAAUAUGAACAAUCAAAAUAAUUUAAAAAUAAUCGAAUUUAUUGAAACUAGAGAAGCAUUAACAGAAGCUCGUUGA